AUGACAGCUAUGACAAACUCAACAACCAGCACCAUGUGUGGCUACUACGGAAACUACUACGGAGGCCGUGGCUAUGGAUGCUGUGGCUAUGGUGGCCUGGGCUAUGGCUAUGGAGGCCGUGGCUAUGGAUGCUGUGGUUAUGGAGGCCUAGGCUAUGGCUAUGGUGGCCGUGGCUAUGGAUGCUGUGGCUAUGGAGGCCUGGGCUAUGGAUAUGGUGGCCUGGGCUGUGGCUAUGGCUCCUGCUAUGGCUCUGGCUACCGUGGUCUGGGCUGUGGCUAUGGCUGUGGUUAUGGCUAUGGAUGCGGUUCUGGCUUUGGCUACUAUUGA